AUGUCUCCCGGUCACGCGAUGUACGAUGGCCCUGAGCUCGCCAAUGGACAACACUCAACCCACAACGCCAACGCCAGGCUGGACCAGGAGUCCUUUGCCGUUGCUGAGAAGUACGGCGAUGCUUCUUCUGUGAAACCGAUGCUGUCAGAGUUUGUCAAGAAUUCAGAUCUCUUCCGUCUUCUCUAUGAAGUGCUCGAACACCAUGUGUCCCUGGUCAAGACGCGGUCACAGGCCUUGGAAGAUGGCCAGAUCACUAUUUAUGAUAAAGCUCUGCUCAAGUUGUCUGAGAAGGGUGCUGGAACGUGCUAUAUGGGUGCGAUCCAGUUGUUCCUUGAGGAGAUUAUGGGAAUAAAGGGUGUUGAAACUGCCGACCUUGAAGCCCUGGUUGUCAAACAUGUGGCUGUUAAGAGCUUGUUGGUAAAUGCAACUCGCACCAACAACGAGCAAGCCAUUGCCCGCAUCCCAGCCCUUCCCGAAACGAAAGCUAUCCCAAACGGCAAAGCCCAAGCCCAAACCCACGAGGAUAAGGACGAGAACGGCCCUCUCAGCAACGCAACGGAGCUCAAAACCAUCAAAGAUAGCCUCUCCCGCAUCCUAACAACCUUCUCCAACGCACAGAGGGAAUACAAAUUGAUCUCAGAAAGCGACGUCGUCGCAAAGUCCCGCGCCGCCAAAUUUCUCCGUGACACUGCUGAAAACGCCCUCAACUAUUUGCAUGCCCGCAACAUGGAGCACGACAUGGUCCCGACGCUGGAGGCGGCGUUCCAGAUGGCGAAGGAGAAGGCAAUCACGCUUAGCGGGGGGAGGAAACGGCCCUUUGAGAUCCAUGAGGUGGAUUGUAGUCGUGUUGGGAAGACGGCUGCUUCAUCAGCGGCGUCAUCGCGGUAUGGGAGGCGCUCUUCUCAGACUCGGUCGCGCUGCGCUCGUGCAUCUCGACGUAGGGGUGAUUGCUAUCGUCCAUACUGA